AUGGUUCGAAGCGUCGAACAUUACCCUAGCGAGACCAUUGUCGUCGUGCACGCCAAACUGCGCAAGGCGCCGAAGCGAGUCAAGAACGCCACGAUUCACGAUUACGAGCUUGAGGUAUACGAGGUACACAAAGUUGGGAACUUGACGGAAAAUGUUCCGUUCACGGUCUAUGAUGCGGAGAAUAUCAAUCGUGAUCGAGAGGAUGUGGAAGAUGAUGAGGAGGAUGAGGGAUCGUUGUUCCCUGGGUCCUCGGAUAAUAAUACCCCUGCUGAAGGUACACCGAGAGCUUCUCAAGAGCUGUUACGGCCAAACAGAGUUGCGAGUCCCGUGCCUGGAAAUCGUAAAUCGCAAGAUGUCUCGAGGAAAUCACAAGAUGUAGCGCGGACCUCUGCUAUGGAUGUGUACAAACAGACUCGAUCAUUACCGCAACGAGUUCGUUUGAACAGUCGUAUCGUCGAUCUUCGAACUGGUCCAGCUCAAGCCAUCUUCCGAAUCCAAUCUGGUAUCUGCAACCUUUUCAGAACGUACUUGGAUGACAAAGGAUUCAUCGAGAUUCACACUCCAAAGUUGCAAGGUGGAGCUUCAGAAUCUGGUGCAACAGUCUUUGAGUUGAACUACUUUGGUCGACCAGCAUUCCUUGCUCAAUCCCCUCAAUUACCAAAACAGAUGGCUAUUGCAUCAGAUUUCGAACGUGUCUAUGAAAUUGGUCCUGUAUUCAGAGCUGAGGAUAGUAACACGCCUCGACAUUUGACCGAGUACACUGGAUUGGAUUUGGAGAUGGCUUUGGAAGAGCAUUACCAUGAAGCUUUGACCAUCAUUGAUGGAAUGUUUAAGAACCUGUGGAAAGGAAUCUAUGACCGCUACUCCAAGGAAAUCGAUCUCAUCUCGCAAUUCUAUCCACAAGAGAAGGUCGUCUGGUUAGAAGAGACACCAAGAAUUCCAUUCACAGAAGGUGUUCAAAUGUUGAUUGAUGAUGGAUGGGUUGAUGAGGAAGGGAACCCACCAGAUCCAUAUGAAGAUUUGGCAACUCGUGCAGAAAUCCGACUAGGUGCGAUUGUCAAGGAAAAGUACAAGACGGAUUACUACAUCUUGGACAAAUUCCCUUCAUCUGUUCGACCAUUCUACGCCAUGCCAGAUCCAACUGAUGACCGAAUCACCAAUUCGUUCGAUAUCUUCAUGAGAGGUCAAGAAAUAUUGACUGGUGGUCAACGUAUCCAUGAUGCGAAAUUCCUCGAGAAGAGAAUGAAGCAAAAAGGCAUUCGUCCAGAAACCAUGACCGAAUACCUUGAAGGUUUCCGUUGGGGAGCUCCUCCACACGCCGGUUGUGGAAUCGGUCUCGAACGCCUCACCUACCUCUUCUUGAACCUUGGCAACAUUCGUCUCGCAUCUAUGUUCCCACGAGACCCGAAAUCUCUCCCCGCAAGACCAGCAGUCCUCCGUCUACGCCAUGAAGAAGCAUCAACCACCAACCCACCCUGGGAACGAACAGACCCCGAACAUGACUCUCCAAACACAAAUGGAGCCUUGUCCCUCGAAUCCCGUCUCCAACCCCUCGAAAAACUAAUCGCCAACUACGGCGACGCAGCCAACACCUCCUGGCUCGACAAACGCUACCACGUCUGGCGUCACCCCUCCACCGGCGCCGCUCAAGGCUACGUAAUCCACAACAACUACGCCAUCGCCGUCGGCGAGCCUCUAUGCGCCAAAUCCCAAUACCCACAAGUCGUGUCCGCGUACCUCGACUACAUGAAAGAAGAGCACAAAAACCUCAAACCCCUCUGGAUGAUCAUCGGCGCCGAAAUCGAAGAAUACCUCGGCGAGAAAUUCCAAUGGCGCACCCUCUCCUGCGCCGCCGAAGAGCGGGCGAACCCGCGCGACAACCCCGCUGCCAAGGACAAAGACCUCGCCCGCAAAGUACGCCACGCCGAAGCAGAAGGCAUCAAAGAAGUCGACCUCCCACCCAACGAGCCGGUCCCCGAGGACAUCGUCCAGAAAAUCGACGCGCGGAUCGCGGAUUGGCAUAAAGGCCGCAAGGGCACCCAAGUCCACUUGACGCAAAUCAGACCCUGGAUCGACCAAGAGCAUCGCAGGUACUACUACUCCUACCACCCCGGCACAGGCACCAUCCACGCCCUCGUCGUCCUGCACCAACUCUCGCCUGCCAAUGGCUACCAAGUUAAAUUCUCGCUCGAAUUCCCCAACGCCCCAUCCGGUACCAUCGAGUCCCUGAUCCUGCACGCCCUCCGCUCCAUCGCCGCGGCGGACACGGAGUGUAAACGCAUCACGUUCGGAACAGGAGCGGCAAGCGAGAUGCGCGGGGGCAGGAAUCUGGGCAAGAUGAAGGUUAAGGCGUUGAAGAAGGCGUAUGAGACGAUUAAUCGGCAGUUUCAUUUGACCAAUAAGAGUGAGUUUAGGGAGAAGAUGGGGUGUUGGGAUGAGAGUGUUUAUGUGGCCUACCCUAGGGGCGGGCUGGGGGCGGGGGGCAUUAGGGCGAUUAUGGGAUUCCUUGAAGAAGAGGGAUAA